CAGGGAAGGGCAGAGUUCGCCGUCACGUUUCCAGCGGAGGAUUCAGGGUGUGCGCUGGUGUCCUGCCACCAAAGGGCCUCUGGGACGGAGGGCAAGGGGAAAGGCCAGCGCUGGCCUCCUCUUGCCACCUCUUUGCUCCUGAUCGCCGCCCUGACCGGCUCCGAACCUGCCCGGGUUUGUGGGCGUGUGGCUGGAAUUGGGCGGACCGGGACGGGAUGGUGGCUGUGAGGAGGGCAGGACUCGGUCAGCCUCUGGAACAGCAGGGAGAUACAGCUCCCUAUGAACGUCGGAGAAAGUGAAACCAAACAGUGCCAGAGCUCCCGGGGAAAAGGAAAAUGGAAGAGAAUCCAAGCAUGGAUCUGCUUGGAGCUGGACCAGCCCAGGGUGAGGUGGGGAGCACAGCAGAGUGUCCUGUGCACCUAGAGGCCACCCAGGAAACACCUGGGCACCAAGUGACAGGCAGGUGGCCUGAGACAUCCUGCAAAGCAGAGGAAGGCUCUUCAGUGUGUGAAUCAGCUGCUGAUGGGGGAGAGACAACACUCCUGGGUUCAGCUGGUCCCACACUAGAAGAGAAAUCUGCCCAGGAAAUUGAAGUAUUGCCAGAAGAAUCUGACAAGACAAGAGAAGGUGUCCCAGAAAGACCCCUGGAAGAACAGGACUUGGAUGAAGCUGGGCUGGGCCAUGAGAAUGUGGAAAGCAAAGGAGACAGCCCUGUCCACCAGGAAACACGGGAGCACCAGGAGACAACUGGGCAGUGUGAAAAUCUCUGCAAAGCAGAGGAAGAUGCCUCACCAACAAGCAAGGCACGGAGCUCUGACAGUGAAAUGACCCAUUUGGAUGUGACUGGUGUGGAAGAUGUCCCUAGAGGCAGCUUGGCAGAGAGGAGCAGUGCCACUCUUCCAGACUGGAAGCCAGAGGCACCCAGAGAGCAAGAAACACAGGAGAGCAAGUCCCAAGGCACAUUAAGGAAAAGACCAAAAGGGGACACAGCCCCAAGCCCAGAGACUCUGUCUUCCCUGCAGAACAUCACCACCCAAAACACAGAGCAGGAGAAGGCCAAAAAGUCCCUCCUGUGGAAAGGGCUUUUCAUCGUGGGCCUCACAGUGCUGUGCUUGUGCAUAUUCUGCUUCGGCAGCCCGACCUCCAGCUCCCAGCAGCCCCGCAAGAACCCCGCUGUGGAGGCGUUCCUGUCCCAGUUCGACCAGCUGCAGCACAGCUUCCCGGGCCAGAGCCCCGACCUGUGGCUUCGCGGGCGCAAGUUCCUGCGGAAGCACCUGAACGCGUCCCAGCCCACGCAGCCGGCCAUCGUCAUCCUCACGGCCGCCCGCCGCGGCGAGCGGACCCUGCGCUGCCUCAGCGCCCGCCUGGCCGACUGCUACUCGGCCGCCCUGCACGGCAGCACGGUGCAGAUCGAGGGCAGGGACAAAGCCAGGCUCCACAGCGACCGCGCCAAGCUGGAGGUGGACUCGGAGCUGAGCGCGGCGUUCCAGGCCGGGGGCCGGGCCGCGGUGGUUCACCGCUUCGAGCUGCUGCCCGCGGGGGCCACCCUCAUCUUCUACAAGUACUGCGACCACGAGAGCGCCGCCUUCAAGGACGUGGCCCUGCUGCUGACGGUGCUGCUGGAAGAGGAUGUGCUGGAAAGCCACAUCAGCCUCCAGCAGGUGGAGGAGAGGGUCCGUGACUUCCUCUGGGCCAAGUUCACCAGCACCAGGAGCCCCAGCUCCUACGACCACAUGGACUCCGACAAGCUGAGCGGGCUGUGGAGCCGCAUCUCCCACCUGGUCCUACCCAUACACCCGGUACAGACCAUCGAGGACGGGGGCUGCUAUGCCAAAGCCUAGGGACACAAGUGGCCAGAGCCCCGAGGAGGGUUGGAAAGAUGGUCCUGGCUGGCUCUGGUACAGGCAGAGGCACAACUGGUGUUACUUCUCUUCAAUUUGUUUCUUGUAGGUUCCUGGGAAGAGUUUGACAGGUAGAAGUUGAUCCAGGACAUUUGGGCAGCUGAGUCCUGGAGGUGAUACACACACUUCCUUCUGGCAGAUGGGAACAAGGGGUACUUUAGAGUUCCACAGGAGAACAUCAGCGUGUGGGGAGGCAGGAGGGAAAACAGGACCUGGCAGGUAGCCUUUCUAUCAAGAACUAGAUAGUGUUCACAACUAGUACAGCAGAAAGAUGCUGUGAUUCAGCAGCUCUUUCAUCUCUCCCUGCCCCUCAGCUUGCUACAGUUGUGUACAUCAGUCUCACAAUAUAUUUUAUCCAGGGAGCUGCUGGAACACAGAACGAUCAAAUUCCUCAAGGCCCAAAAUUUUGAAGGCAUGCUUCAAAAAGAAAAGCAGUUUGCCAGUUAAGGAUGUGACCAGUCAGCCCCAGUAGUGUCCCACCUGCACAGCCCGAUUGACACCAGGCAAAGCCCAGAUCCUCAGACAAACCUGCAAUUCAGAGAUCCCCUAAACAUCAAUUACCAGAAAAUCCUGGUUGUCAGCACUUGAACACUACCCUAAUGGCAGGGAUCCCACGAGGGGACCCCAAGUGCCAGAGAACAAGCUCCAGAACCAGAGAGCAAUGAAACAGUUGCUGCCACUGUGAUAGUGUGAAGCCUCAAGGGAUUACACAGGUGAAAAAAUGAAUAAUACAAUGUAAUUUAAUGCUUCCUCUCUCUGAAACAAGUCCACUCUAUCCCUUUGCCACAGAAAGGCUGUGACAAUCUCCUCGGGCUGAUGCUUUGGUCCCACACAACAGAUUGUUCUUCACCUGGAUCUCUGGUCUGUGUGCAGGGCUGGCAGCCUGUGCCAGCCUCUCCCCAGGUGACUUCUAUUGAGGAAUGUAGAUGUUAACAUUGGGAUUUCAAACCAUGUAGGGUAGCACACCAGGUCCUUGCCCCUCCAAGGGUACAUUUGCCUCCCUGCCAGGCAGAUGGAGCUCUGGCAUCUGCCAAAGCAAGUAGGAGCAGAGCUGGGUUAGCUGGUAAAGACCAAAUCUCUGCCAUUAACACUAAAAUUCCUUGACAAAGCAGGUUAGCUUCUUUCUGUGCCUUCUCUUCUGCAUCCUAGGAAGAGAACUCCAAGUCCUGGAAACACUGUGGUUUCCCUGCACACUGUGUUUUUGCAGGUGCUGUGGGGCAGAGCAGCCAACUCAGGAGCACCUGGAGGGGCAGGUGCAGGUUACAGCAUUUGUUAUAACCCAAGGGCAGCCCCAGGGACCAGCCCCAUGUGCCUGUGCAGGAGCAGCUGUAGCAGAUCAUGGCCUUGCAGAGCCAGGCUCUGUGACCAAACAAGAACAAGUCCACAGCCCCAUGGUGGUUUUUAGCAGAUGCACAUCAGGGUGCUCCUUACAGCAGCUGGACCCUGGUGUUGGAUGGGUCUCCUGCCAACAGUGCCUUGCUGAUCUGCCCCACCAAGGGCUUGAGGAGGUGCAGCCCUGCACCCUAAAAACCACAGCCCUGUCUCUUCUUUCCCCCUGUCGUGUGCCUUGACCUAUCCCAGAGAUUAGUGGCCCUUAACUUGGAGGAGGGGACAAAAUGAAGGAAGAGGAAGGGUUAUUUUUUCAUGUUCUGGCCAAAGAACAGACUUUUUGGUUGGCUGGGGACAUGAAGACAAGACCACAGGGGUUUUAACCGUGAUAAACACUGGGCUAAAUGUGAGAACUGCCCGCUGGAGCCCAGGGCAGGGUUUGAUAGAAGACACAGAUUGCUUCCUCCUCUCCCUCUUUUCUAUUGCUGUACACUACUUUGGUGAGAGAAAACACUGUAUCCUGCUCUGCAGGGUGUUGAUGUAAGAACCAGCAGAGCAUUAAUCAUGCUAUGCCAGUGUUUGUUGGAAAUGUGUAUUUUAAUAUUCUCUCUCUCCAUUUUGCAUACUGUGUUUGCAAUGCAUAGCCCAGGUAUGCAAAGGCAACUCCCUGUUGCUGAAAGUGUCACCCACCUGAGUUCUUCCAAUACUGAGAUAUUUUUAUGGCCUUCUAAAGGCAAAUAUCUGCUUGCUUCUGGAACAGGAUUUCUAUUUAAAAAUAAAUGGUGAGAUUAUGAAAGAAGCCA